AUGUCCGCCAUACUCCCCGAAGAUGACAGCGCUACUGCCACGGACGACAAGCGCUCCGAACUCACCGUCACAGCUGGAGAUUGCGAGGGAGAAGCAAGUAAAGAUCAAGAAGAUCUAGAACACCGAGAUUGGGGUUCUUCAAGUGCGGUUUCGACUAUUGGUGCUAGCACUAUUGGUCGGGACCGUGAGAACUCAGAAACGAAUACCUCGCAAUCUACCCGGCGGGAUUCAGAGCCUGGACCUGAAUCUGAGGUGUCUGAUAUCGGAGCAGACGAUAAUUGCAGUGGCGCUGUAGACGACACAGCAAGGGGCGUGGAGGAUGUAGACCUACUAGGAGGAGAAGGAGAAGGGAUGGGAGGGGAACUGCCACCGACGGAUGGAAAGAAACUAUUCAACUGGGAAACGCUAACACGUCUCGCAUGUAGACUCGAAGCUGCGACGUCUCGAUUGGAGGAUAUUGUAACCUUUGAAUCACAGAGUCUCGGACAAGCUCCAGCAGCCAUCGCUGCUGCUGUCGCCUCGAAUGCAGCAGAAACCUCGGCCGGGGCUAGUAAAACUACAGGAGCGGCGGCUGGAGCUCCUCCUCCUCCACCACCCCCACCGCCGGAACCGUUGCCGUCAAGUAUCGUUAAUUACGAUGAAGACGUUUUGACCCUGUUGGAUAAAUUUGAGGAGUUGAGCAGAGAUAUUGAUCCUUUGCUUGCUGAGCAGGCAAAAUUUGUUCGCCAGGGCUUCCAAGCUCAGCGUCUAUUCCUGCUCGUAUCGACAAAGGCGAGGAAACCUGACAUAGCAUCAAAGGAGUACCUCGACCUUAUCAAAGACAUGCAGUCCUACAUGAAUAGCGUAAAUGAACAUAGAGAGGCUCAUAGGGCUGGGACCCUACAAAGCCAUCUAUCCAUGGUUAGUGAGGCUGUACCGGCUUUGGCUUGGGUGACUUUGGACACCAAACCUGCGGAAUUCGUGACCGAGAUGGCAAAUGCUGGUCAGUUCUAUGGGAACAGAGUGAUAAAGGAGUAUAAGGAGAAGGACAAGAAGCAUGUUGAAUGGGUUCGCUCUUGGUACAAUAUUUGCAAAACCCUUGAGGAAUACGUACGAAAAUACCAUGUCCAUGGUAUUUCGUGGAAUCGUGAUGGCGGCGAUGCUCCCGAAAUCAUGACAACCCUCAAGAAAUCGAUCGCCGCGGCCCCAGCACCAGCUCCAACAGGCGGUGCUCUACCACCACCCCCUCCCCCACCUCCACCCCCUCCAGGUCCAGCACCGAUUCUUGAACUGCCAAAGGAUUCCGGUAGCAGUAGCAGCGGUGGAGGCGACAUGGGAGCCGUAUUCGCGCAACUUAACCAAGGUACCGGUGUUACUGCCGGACUUCGUAAAGUAGACAAGAGCGAGAUGACACACAAGAACCCAUCUUUACGUGCAUCAUCUCUCGUAUCCGGCGAGGCUGCACGACCAAAGUCUCCGGGCCCACAAGCCAAGCCCAAGCCUGCCCAUAUGAAACAGAAGAAGCCACCAAAGAUGGAGCUGGAUGGGAAUAAGUGGAGAGUUGAAAACUACGAAAACGAACAAUCACUAAGCCUCCCCAACGUCGGAAUCAACCAGACCGUUUCCCUCUAUCACUGCAAAAACACCACCCUCCAAAUCAAAGGUAAAUUCAACGCCAUCUUCAUGAACGAAUGCGAAAAGACAAACGUUGUAAUCGACUCCCUUGUCUCCUCGAUCGAUGUGAUCAAGUCCAAAAAGUUUGCAUUCCAAAUCAUGGGGGUUGUACCAGCUAUCACAGUUGAUGGGUGUGAUAGCGGAACGCUUUAUGUUUCGAAGGAAAGUGUCGGGAUUGAGAUUUAUACCAGCAAGACUACGGCAUUUAAUGUUUAUGUUCCUGGGGAAACUGAGGAAGAUGACUUUGUGGAGUGUCCGAUACCGGAACAGAUCAAGAGUACUAUUAAAGGAAAAGGGUUGGUGUCGGAGAUUGUGGAACAUGCUGGAUAA